AUGUGCAGCACAAGGCCGUCCCUCAUGGUCCGCAAAUUCCUCGAAUAUAAUGACACAGGAAACGCAGUCAGGCAGAACCAAACAGCACCGGACAGUUCUGCUGAAGACGGUUGGCACCGAGAACCCUUCCAGAGGGGAUAUUGCUUCUUUUAUGGGACGUUAAUGAAUCCACACACUCUCUCCCAAGUCUUGAAGUUAUCAACACCGCCCCCUGUUAUGCGUCGUGCUAGAGUGAUUGGUUUUGAAAUCAGGCUUUGGGGCCCUUAUCCUGCUCUUGUUGAUGGCAAGCCGCUACACCAAGUCGAUGGCAUGGCGUGUGAAUUAUUGUCACCGACGCAACUUGAUCGGCUCGCCGCUUAUGAGACGGACAAAUAUAGCCUAAUGACUUGCUUGAUUGACCUCUUGAAUGAUGACGGCAGCACCGCAAGAACCAUAGAAGGGGUUGCUUUCAUGUGGAACGGACAGCAGGAUGAACUGUGA